GGUAGUCUAACUCGUCGGUUUUGUGCAGUAAGUAAUGGCAAAUAUGUUCAAAAAAACUUUCAUUUUCGCAUUAGUCGUAAUGCUUAUUGGUGAGUCAUUACAGCAAGCUGGAGGUGGCGCUGGUGGGCAAGAAAGUGGCAGCAUCGGGGGUGGUGGAGGUUUCGGUGGUGGUUUCGACAUCGGCAUGCACGCCGGAGCUGGCGCUAAGGGCGGUGCCCAGGGCGGAGCACAGGGCGGCGGCCAAGGCAGUGGUCAAGGCAAAUAAGUUAUAGGAUUCCAUGCAAUAUCACUGUAUACCCAUAUUUAUGAUACAUUUUU